GCGCAGUAGUAGUGUUUUGCAUCUAUACUGUCGCACCAAAGAAGAAGAAGAAGAAGAAGCAGCUUGCUACCUAUCUAUCCAUGCUAAAGUGGCUACAGAGGAUUUUUCAUUUCUCAUACGUUGCUGAACUUGUAAGACAGUUUUAAAAUUGUUAAUAACGUCAGGCAGAAAAGAAACAACAGACUAAUAGACCAGGAGGUAUCAGUAAAACACGUAUAGUUGUUUGUUUCUGCAAGACAGGGAAGAUAAAGAAGAACUAACUAAAGUAGCAUGGCUGCGGACAUGCGAUUACCAACUAUUCGAAAAACAGUGUCGCUGUCAGUUUCUGCUUUCGACCGAAAAGAUCUGGUCGUCCCCGGCGAUGUAAUCACGUCAGAUACAGGUUUUAUGAGGGGCCAUGGUACCUAUGUUGAUGAAGACAAGCUGACGGCUUCAGUCGCUGGAGAGGUGCAGAGAGUGGACAAGCUGAUCUGCGUCAGACCACUUAAGACCAGGUUCAAUGGUGAAGUUGGAGAUGUGGUGGUUGGCAGAAUUACAGAGGUACAACAGAAGCGAUGGAAAGUGGAGACCAACUCCCGGCUGGACUCUGUCCUGUUGUUGUCUUCUGUCAACCUACCUGGAGGAGAGCUGAGGAGAAGAUCAGCAGAGGAUGAGCUCACCAUGAGAGAAUACCUUCAAGAGGGCGAUCUCAUUAGUGCAGAGGUGCAGUCUGUCUUCUCAGAUGGAGCUCUAUCGCUUCACACCCGCAGUUUAAAGUAUGGAAAAUUGGGUCAAGGAGUGUUGGUACAGCUUUCUCCUUCUUUGAUCAAGAGGCAGAAAACACAUUUCCACAACUUGCCGUGUGGUGCAUCCAUCAUCCUCGGGAAUAACGGCUUUGUGUGGCUGUAUCCUACACCGGGACAACAGGAGGAGGAGGCUGGGGGCUUCUACACCAGUUUGGAGCCUGUUAGCCUGUCAGAUCGAGAGGUGAUUUCACGGUUGAGAAACUGCCUACUAGCUUUGGCUGCACACAAGGUCCUUCUGUAUGACACCAGUGUUCUCUAUUGCUAUGAAUCUUCACUGCAACACCAGGUAAAGGACAUCUUGAAGCCAGAAGUGAUGGAGGAGAUUGUAUUGUUGACUCAACAGAAGCUGCUGGAACAGGAAGGAUAAAGAGCACAAAUUCUAACUGUGAUCUUGUCACACAACCAUCUACUGUAAAAACAAUGGACAGGCUAAGAGCUCCCAGAAGUGAAGCCACCAUGACUCAAUCGCCCCCUGGUGGCUGGUUGUAGUGUAGGUCAUAAAUCCUGCCUCCUCCAUGUUAGUGAAUGGGACAUGAGUCACUAAAAUUAAACUAUAAAUCAAAUUAGAAACAGUUUUCCAGAGGUCAGUUGUGUGUGUUUUUUUUUUUUAUUAGAUAUGCAGAUGUGUGUACAAGUGUUCAUUUUU